CCAACGGUUCUUUGAUGGGGGGAAGAGUCCCAGCUGGUUGGGACCUCCACAGAGAACAUCUCCUCACUCAUAUCUACCUGAUCCAGAUGGAAUCUUGAUGGAAGUGAACUAACCCUCUCAGAUAUAUUGAUGACGUUUUUCUAUUUUUCCAGGACACGCCAUGGAGAAACCCUCAAAGGAUCGUCUCACUUUAUCUCCAGGUUGUAAAAUGGAAGAUGAGGACAUCACAGGAGAUUGUGGAGGAGAAAAGACAAUGAGCUCCACUAUGGAUGGAGGACUUUACAGUGUGGAUAGACCAUGGAAUCCCUCUGACUCUGAGCAACCUCGUACUGUGAGGGGUGGUGCCGGGAUUCAGAGGAAGAAGACACUUUCCUGUCCUGAGUGCGGGGAAAGUUUCAACUCUAAACUAAGUCUUACUGUACAUCAAAGAUCUCACAUAGGUGAGGAGCUUCGUUCCUGCCCUGAGUGUGGGAAAUGUUUUCUGCAUAACUCAGCACUUGUCAUACAUUACAGAUCUCACACGGGGGAGAAGCCGUAUUCCUGUCCUGAUUGCGGAAAAUGUUAUUCACAAAAGUGCCAUCUUUACAGACAUCAGAGAUGGCACAUGGACAAGAAACCACAUAUAUGUCACAAGUGCGGGAAUUGCUUUGCACAUAAAUCAGAACUUGUAACUCAUCAGAGAUCUCACAUUGGGGAAAACCCAUAUUCUUGUCCUGAGUGCGGGAAAUGUUUUCCUCAAAAAUCAGAACUUGUAAUACAUCAAACAUCUCACACGGGGGCAAUGACAUAUUCCUGCUCCGAGUGCCAGAAAUGUUUUUCAAGUAAAUCAGAACUUGCUAUACAUCAGAGAUCUCAUACGGGUGAGAAGCCGUAUUCCUGCCCUGAGUGCGGGAAAUGUUUUUCGCACAAGUCCAAUCUUAACAAACAUCAGAGAUCUCACAGUGGUGAGAAGCCGUUUUCUUGUUCAGAGUGCGGGAAAUGCUUUUCACAGAAUUCCCAUCUUACGAAACAUCAGGCAUGCCACACGCGUGAAAAGCCAUUUUGCUGCCCCGAGUGCGGGAAAUGUUAUUCACGGAAAUUAGAACUUGUUAAACAUCAACGGUAUCACACAGGACAAGGCCUGUAUUCCUGUCUAGAGUGCGGGAAGUGUUUUUCACAUAACACCGGUCUUUCCAGACAUAAAAGACUGCACACCCAGUUUAGAAAUGUUAUGCCUGCCCCAAGUGCCGGAAAUAUUUUUCACAGAAGUCUUGUCUUACCGAACAUCAGAGGACCCACAUGACUCUAGAGGUGUAUUAGUAUCCUGAGUGCGGGAAAUGUCUUCUAUAUGGAUCAUAUUGUGCCGUACAUCAGAGAUCUCACACUGGGAAGAAGCUCACCUUGAUAUACACCUCAGAAAACACGUGGCUGAGCGCUCCUCUGAUCUUUAUCAUGAAAGAAACUCUUUAUAAGGAAAUCAGAAAUCACUAAAGACUUCAAAGUUCUGUCUGUCUUCCUCUGCUAGGAGAGAGAAGGAGGGGGAGUCACUGCUGGUUGGGUCCCUCUAGGAGAGAGAAGGAGGGGGUGUCACUGCUGG